AUUUUCUUUAACGUCGAUACAAGAGUUCGGCAGUUGACAAGCUCUGGGGAUAAGUGGGGAUGGUGGUUGCUGGAAGUAUUUGUGGCUGAUGAUUUUGCACCGCCUCCCCAACGUCAGAUCGUGCGCCCUUCGCGCUGCCCUUCUGCCGUACCCACGCCGCACACACAGCCUCGCAAGGGCAGCUCACGCAUAAAGUCAGAGACCACAUGCCAAUUGACAAGAUGAGAGAUACUAUAAAGACUCUGGGGGGCGUACUCUGGCCAUGUGUUUUCCCCUACUCCAAUCACUUGCUCCCUUGUGCCACCAGCUUUUGUUCCGAAUGCAUUUAUUCCUCAACCAGGCAGCAUAUCCAUCCCGAUAGAGGAUAAAUAUCUCGGAUUCGAUAUUCUAAAGUGAUACUGAAUCACAUCGCCAUGGACUCCCACCCUGGAAACACUGAUGCAGCUCUUGCGCAUGCAGGCCGGCAACCUACUCAUCUUUUCAAAGACCUCCGGUCUGCAUCACACGCAAAAAAGAGAACACGGGAACAUUUGUACCGAUACAAACACUUUCGAGCACUUCAUCCCAUUGAUCUCCCUUCACAUCCUAACCAGCAGGGGCACAUACCUUGGGACGUGCUGUGUCAUGGCGAACGUCUAGACGCUUAUCGACCUCACCUUCGCAACUACCCUCUAGAGCGCUUCAACAAACGAGAAGCGUAUCUGGACGCGCAAUGUAGCUACCCUUGGCCCCGUCACUAUGCGGAGUUCGAUCGAUAUGACGAGACUAUUCGACGAAAGAGGAAGCGAACCCUUAAGAACGAGGCUGCAGAGCCGUUGAGCUACGAUGAUGAAUGUCUUGUUUACGAUAUCCCCGGGUGGAAGCAUUAUCGCUGCUGUGAAACAUGUAAUGGCAGCACACCAGAGAUGAAUGCAGAUGGUAGCGUGGGAGUUGGCGGUACACUUCCAUUAAAGCAAUGGAAAACCUUGCACGAGGGAUUUGAAGAGCGCUGCCUGAUACGCAUGGCCGAGUUCCUCUUAACCAAAAACGAUAGAUCGCCAUCCAAAGUCGGACUCACCGCACAUCCGCAUCUCACGCAGCCCUCAAACCCAAACGACUCAGCACGCGUGGACCUCACCACUGCCCCUAAAGUAUCGGCGGAAACCUUUCUCGAUAGCGCCGAAUUGGAAUAUUCUGACUCGUGGCUGAAAUAUACCCAUUUGGACGAAGAUAACGAGGAAGUAGACCGAUCACUCUACAACGAACAGGAAAGCGUUGUAGAACAACACGCAUACUACCAAUACAUGCUCCGCGCUGUCCGCGACACACUAAGAUCACGCUUCUGGUAUUCCCAGCCCUCGCACUCCCCUGUAUUCUGGUCCGCCCCUACGAUAUUCGCGCUUGAUCCACCCUGGGCAACGCGCUACAUCACCGACCCUCGCAACCCUGUUGAAGUAGAGAAGUACCGACUAUUCUGUGGUGUCUUACCCUUCAAUCAUAACUUCUUUGCCGACCCGUUACUGUGGGACGAUUCAGAUUGGGCUAAGAGCGGAUCACUCCCAUUGAUCCGCGACCAGAUGGGGUGCUGGCGGCCUGGGUCCUGGGAGGAUUUAAAUGAGCCCUGGUGCGAGUGUGAGUGGUGUGUUGGAGAGGGCCGGUGGUGGGAUCCCGAAGCGAGGGUGCAAAAAUGGGAGUUGGGUGCCUAUAUUGGGGAUUGGAAGGCGAAGAAUAAGAUGUCACAAAAAGAGCGGAGACGGGCGCGGCAACGGGCGGCACAACAGGCUCAGGCGGUAAUUGAUGGGUUUGAGGUAGUGGAUGUGUGUGAUAAGAAAGAACGGGUGGAUGAUGGGUAUGUUGUCGUGUCAAAUGCUUCGGCUGAACAUCAACCGUUGAAAACCCAAUGCGUCAUGUCUUGA